AAAAGCUCAGAACAAGCAACAUUAAACUCGUGUUGAAGAUGAGAAGAAACAAAGAGGCUACACUUCAGCUUUUAUAAACUCUAGAGAGAUUAUUUAGCGAACACGACACAACUCCUGCCUUUAUUCAUUAUAUCCUGGCUCUUGACUGUCAAUUCCUCUGUGAAAGCGAUCAGGAAUAGCGGACUUUUAACGUGUUCAUAUGUAAACAGGCUUGAUGGAGGAGACACACCGUCAUGAGAAAAUGAGAGAGAAAAAUAAAUCCCUAAAGAGAAAAGGCAAGAAAAAAUUCACCUGCUCUCAGUGUGGAAAGAGUCUGGCAAGCAAACAGAGUCUCGGAUAUCACAUGAGGGUCCACACCGGAGAGAAACCAAUCACGUGUUCUCAGUGUGGGAAGAGUUUCAGGGAAUCAUCAAAACUUAUUAAACACAUGAGGAUCCACACUGGAAAGAAACCAUUCACAUGUUCUCAGUGUGGGAAGAGUUUCACCGACUCCUCAAACUUUGGGAGACACAUGUUGGUCCACACUGGAGAGAAAACACACCAGUGUGAUCAAUGUGGGAAAACAUUUUUGAUUGAUUCAUACCUGAAGAGACACCUUCGAAUUCAUACAAAGGAGAAGCCUUUCUCAUGCUCUGUGUGUGGAAAUAGUUUCACACGUCAAGAUAGUUUAAUAAAUCAUCAGAAGAUCCACGCCAUUGUGGGAGAGUAUAUGUGCUUUGAGUGUGAGAAGACCUUUCGUACGGCUGUACAUCUGAGAACACAUGCGAGGACUCACACUGGAGAGAAACCGUACAAGUGUUCACACUGUGACAAGAGAUUCAGUCAGUCGCCACAUCUGAAAUCACAUGAGAGGAUUCACACUGGAGAGAAACCGUACAAGUGUCCACACUGUCACAAGAGAUUUAGACGUUCAGGACAUCUGAAAACACAUGAGAAGAUUCAUACUGGAGAGAAACCGUACAAGUGUUCACACUGCGACAAGAGAUUCAGUCAUUUACCACAUCUGAAAAGACAUGAGAGGAUUCACACUGGAGAGUAACCUUACAAGGGUUCACACUGUGAUGAGAUUCAGUGAUUUAGGACAGCUGAAAAGAGAUGAGAGGAUUCACACUGGAGAGAAACCUUGUAUCCUUGGGGGAUGAAAAGUAACCACAUACAGUAGGCCCUGUUUACACCAAUACAUUUGUUUUAAAACGGGAGUUUUAGAAUAAAAACAAUCCGCGUCCACACUGGCGUUUCACCUAGAGUUUCUGAACAGCUCUCUGUCCACACUACACCGCUGAAAACGCACAUCACGUGACCACACACACUCUGGCAAAAAGAAAAAUCCUCAACAAUACACUCUGGGCAAACCUUUACUACCCUUUUGUUAUGUUGGAGAUGAAAACAUCCACUGAAUUAAACUGCAGUAAAAAUGCAUCAGAUUAAUAUAUAUAUAUAUAUAUAUAUAUAUAUGCGCAUAAAUCUGUUAAUCAACCUCAGUCCUGAUCAAACCUUCUAAAUUGCUUAGGAAAUUACAGGAUUUUAACUCUUAAAUUGCCAAAUUCAUAAAUGAUGUCUCUGAUUUGGUGGGAAAAAAACACAAAAUGAUGUAUUUUCAAUAUAAAAAGUCACUGUGGACUGGAUAUUUUUUUUACAUUAAAGGGCACCUAGGUUACCCCUUUUUUCAGAUCUAAUAUGAGUGUUUUGCGUCUCCAGAAUGUGUCUGUAAAGUUUCAGCUCAAAACACCCAUCAGAUUAUUCAUUAUACCUUUUAUAAGAUUCUAUUUUAUACAUUUUUGCACCAGGAGGCGGUUUUGGUGUACUGCACCUUUAAGGCUAGUCCUCCCCGCCCACCGUUUCUAGGUGCCUUUCUGCAUGCCUUAAUCUCCUCCCUCGGCUGCGUCAGACAACAGACAGACUUAAAGGAAGCUGUUCUCACAUAGCGUUUGUGAGAAAUACUACAGUAAGAACUUUACCAAUUAGUAUUUGAUGCAUUUGUUGUGUUGAGUCAACUUAACGAUGAGUCGCACACAAUGUCGUUACAAAGUUCACACGCAUACACACAGAGACACACACACACACACACAGACAGACAGAGCACGCGUUUAGCUUUGCACUCUGUUUGCACGCAUAUGUGACAGGAUACAGGUUAAUCUCCACUGCUGUAUGGAUAUCUGUUAUAUUAAUGUACAAAAUAAACCUGAUUUAACGUCCACAAA